AUGGAAAGGGAAAAGCGUGAACGUAAAAAGGAUGCUGAACGUCAGGCUAAACGUAUGCAAUCUGAUUUACCUGGAGUUAUUUUGCAACGUGGGAAUUCUUUGGAUGAGCCAAUGUUGAAACGAUCUAAACUUGUACUUCCUGCUCCUCAAGUAUCUGACCUGGAAUUGGAAAAUUUAAUCAAAGUCGGUCAAGCCGGUGAAAAUGCUGUAAGAAUGGCUAUUGAAGAUGCUGAUGGUGAAUUGGGCUCUGCAACACAUCCUCUUUUACCGGAAUAUCCUACCGGUAGUUUUGCAACACCUGCGUUAAAUCUUCAACGCACUCCAAUGGCUGUGAUUGAUUCUGUGACUAGAGAAGCACAAAAUAUUUUAGCUUUGCAACAAGUUCAAACUCCUCUUAAAGGUGGUGAAAAUACUCCAUUAGUUGGUGAAUCUGAUUUUUCUGGUACAACGCCUCGUUUACCAAAUACUCUAGCAACUCCGAAUGUUUUACUUCCUAGUCAAAUAGUUGGUGCUACUCCAUUUCGUACACCGAACAGCAACAUUGAAAAUGGCACUCCAAAUCUCAUGGGUGGUGAUGCUAAUAAUACACCUGGUCCAUUAAGAAAAGGUGAACAACAUUAUGGUCCCCCGGUGUCAAAUACACCACUAAGAAAUCGUUUGAAUAUAAAUCCAAUCGAUGGAAAUAAUUUAGAUGGUCUUAAUAAUAUUAGUAACAAUAAUCAUUCCGAAGGUAUGGUAGACUAUUAUGACCAAAAUGGUGUAAAAACAAAUCUACGCAAAAGUUUAGCUAAUCUACCAACACCGAAGAAUAAUUUCGAAAUAUUUCUCCCUGAUGAAACUAAACCUAACGGUGAUGAUGCUGAUGAUAAUGACGUUGAAGGUGUUAACGUAGAUAUGGAUCAAUUGGAAGAGGAGAGGGGAACUGCUUCAAGAAUUCCAGAUCAGUCAGAUUUAGAUAGACAAUCUGAAAGAGAACGUGCUAAAGCCGCUGAAUUGGAAUGGUCUAAACGAAGUCAAGUUGUUAGACGAUCUUUACCUAGACCAUCAGCUGUGAACCAUACGAUUUUGCGUAAUAUUCCAGGUUCAGUUAACCAACUAUCUCAACAAGAUGCGAAUAUGACAGAUUUACAAAAGGCUGAAGAGUUGAUUAAACAAGAAAUGGUAACAAUGAUGCAUUAUGAUAAUUUAAACAACCCACCACCAAAUCAAUUGUUGGAUGCAGCUAAGCAAACUACUGGUCCAAGUGGUGGCAGUGGUGUUGCUCCAGCUAGUCAACAACGACGUUAUUUACAACAGAUAAAAGCUACACAUGAAAGUUUUUUGAAAGAUUGUCCAUAUGAACAGUUUGUUCCGGAUGAUUUGAAAAUGGCGGAAAAUUUAUUGGAAGAGGAAAUGCAUGUCGUUCGAAAUGGUAUGGGACAUGGUGAAUUAUCAGCUGAAGCGUAUGCUAAAGUUUGGCAUGAGUGUUUAAGCCAAGUUUUAUAUUUGCCAGCACAUAGGCGUUAUACACGAGCUAACUUAGUAACAAAACGUGAUCGGAUUGAAUCACAUGAGAAACGAUUGGAUCAACUUCGUCAUCUUAUGGCUGAAGAAGCUAAAAGAGCAGCAAAACUGGAGAAGAAACUCAGGAUAUUGUUAGGUGGAUAUCAGUCACGUGCACAAACCUUAAUGAAAGCCAUUGAAGAAAGUGUCGAUCAAAUUGAACAAAGUCAAAUGGAAUUAACCACAUAUGAACGACUUCACGAGCAAGAGUUAUGCGCUAUCGCUAGACGUUCUGAUGUUUUAGAAGCUGAUGUUGAACGUCAACAAAAACGAAAUGCUGAUCUUCAACGAGAGUAUGGUAGAUUAAUUCGUAUUCGUGAAGAACGUGAAGCAGACGCUUUCUUAGCUAGUAAUAUGGAUUUGAUUAGUAAUGGUGGUGGUGGUGGUGGUAAAGAUGGUGGUGACACAUCAAUGUCGGUCACCGCUAGUGGUGAUGUUACAUCUGUUUCAACGUAUAUACAUAAUCAAUCUAAUACUGAAUCAUCACAAGGACAAAAACAAACAAUGGUAUAUGGAAAUAAGAAUAUAGUAUCAGGCAAGUGGAUUGCUGUGACACAGAUUGAAAAUAUAGAAGAUCCUGAUCAACCGAUGUUAUCCAAUGGAGAGAUUCCUACACAGUCUCUUCAUGAUUCAAAUCAUUUCGAACAUGAUAAUAAUGAUAAUCAUCUUCACUAUACUACUGAUGAAAAUGUUAUUGUGUCUCCUUCAAAUAACAAUGAGAAAACAUUGCCUAAUGAUACAGAAUCAUUGAAUAAUAUCAUGAUAGAAUCAACAGUAAAGCAACAAACUAUUAGUUCACAUUAA